CGUCUGGCGACCUGGCUGAUAUCCCAGCUGACGCGACGUCGACCCAGACUCUUAAGCUCGACUCCGUCCCAAACUUCUCCCGCGUGAGGACAGCUGCCGGUGUCGACCUCCCAGAAGACGUUCCAGAGGACCCAAUGGCACCAAUACGGGUAUCCAGGAGAGCUCCAACCGGCCCUAGUGCCAUGAGGAAUCCUACGCGCCAGGAAAAGGUCAAACGAUGGGACGGCGAGACGAGGACGGUUGAAGAAUGGGAUGGGCUACGGAGGGACCAGGAAUUGUGGUACGAACAGGGUGACUGCAAUGUGCAUCUCUAUGCUAGAGGCGCCUCGCGACGCGGCCCUUCAUUUCGUGUCCCUUUCAAAGCUUUGCGGGAAAGCAAUUGCGGUGCCAUGUUCAGUCUCUGCUUUGCACAGAUGGCCUCGGGUGCGCCAGGCCGCCGCUCCUCGCGCAUCUCCACUACAGGGCCUUGUGAACUAUACAUACCAGCUCCAGACGAAUCUUCUAGGGAGGCGUCUUUCCAAUGGCACCUUACAACACGCAACUUCUUCGCCUUUGUCCUUGGAAAGCCGCUUGUGGGAACUUAUCUUGGCAAAACCCUCGUUGAUUUGCAGGAAAGAAUGCACCUCUUCCGGUCUGGGCAGAUCAACAACCAUGAGGACUUCAUGGCCUACAUCGACGACAUGGGAUACCGCAACUUUGUCGACACCCCAGACUACGCUCUCUCAAUGCUGUACUACGCCGAGCACUACCAGCUCCGCGAUCUUUGGGUAGACGCUUUCGUCCAUUGCGUCGGAAUGAACGACCGACUGUGUUUGAGUCCAGAGUUUGAUCAAAUACGCCGUGUCACCAAAGCACUCAUCACAAGAGCUUAUCUUGAAAUGGACCUCCAUUUGGGACGAGUGGCUGCGGCUCUGAGCCACUUCCUCGAGGAUGACUUAUCAACUUCGAAUCUUGGCCUCAGUCAGGGAGCUCGAGCUCAUCUAGACCGCUUCCGAUCUUUCCUCCAGAGCUUCUACGUCGAAAAGUUCGGAUACUGGCCACCCCCUGAAGGCGCUUCAUACUCAAAGUCGCUCUAUAGAUCCAUGUACUUCGACUUCCGGAGCCUCUAUGACUACUUGGUAGAUGUGGAGUCAGCCGACACCAUUCAGACCCAGAAGCCGGCAAGCGGAGGAAUCUGUGUUCUGCAAAAUGUCCACGCGUUUGACAGGCGACAUAAAUUUACUCCGCUGCCCCACCCACUGCCAAAAUUGCCGUAUGUCUCUAGUCAAGCUAACCGGACACAAUCGCAACGUGCGUUGGUAGCGUUCAAGCUCGGCUCGAAGAAUGCCAAAAUGGAUGUAUACCUGACCACGCGAGCGGCGCUGAUUGCCGCUACGAACACGAAUGAUAUCUCAGUUACUACCUCUCCCCUGGUUGUGUCAUACAUGCGCUUCGAGCGGGAGUGCGCGGUGAAGCAACGGGAAGAAAAGGUCUCGAUAGCAGACGCGAGGAAAGUUCGGUGGCUACUGAUAUACGGCGCACUCCAGAUUCUUAUCUCAGCUAUCCGAGCGCCAAAAGAGGUGCGCGAUACCGAGGAGGCCAACUACCCACUAUGCUGUCUUGUUGCUGGAACCCCACCAUGGAAGAUUGGUGCACAGGCGUUGAAGACACCCGCAGUACCAUCGGCCAAUGCGACUGAAGCUUUUACCACUUAUCUUUCGGAAGUUGUGAAGCCGGAUGACGAUUCUUUCUUAACCGACGACAUGACUCCUCCAACCAACAUUCAGCCGGACUGCGAGAUGGGGGACUACUUCACUCAUACCAAUAACGACGUCGGGUCAACCUCUUCUUUACAGCAUCAGCUCCCCGUGGAAGUUCCGGCACCCCUUCGCGUUUCCUCGCCUAUCCUUCGCAAUACAUCGAUCAAAUCCAUGAAACAGUUUGCAGUGUCACGCUUUUCUCGCCGCAAUAGCGUGUUAGUUAAAACGCACUCUCAGCCGUUCUGUGAGAUCAUCGUGCAUGGUUACGGCAAUGGAUUGAAUGAAACUAUUGUCGACCCUCCGUCUGUAACCGCAUCUCCCCGAUCAGACUCUCCUCAGCGACCAUCCAGCAUCAUUCCCACGAUUUCUAUGGCUCCUGUACCAGAUUCUGAGGCCUUGGAUCGGCCAGUCCCAAAAAAGCUGGGCCACGGGCGUGUUCAACGACCCAUGCACCUCGAACUCAACUGCGAUUCGCUUCCUGAUAUGGAGCGUACUCCUACCUUGGAUACUUUCCAGAUCCAUGGCGUUCAGGAACUCAACGCAUCAGGCUCAACUAGCACCAGCUCGGAUACCAGUUCACCCAUGACGCCAGUCUUUAGCCGCGCCAGCUCAACUUCGUCAGCGUCUAGUUAUGGGCAAUCCAAUAAAGAAAAUGACAACAGAGAUGUAAGCGAAUGCAGUAAUGUUCUUGGUGGACUGGUUUCGAUGGACAGCCCGACCUCGAAAUAUAGCUCGGCGCCCAACUCCCCUGUAUCCCCUACGGCACGCGGGCGAAAACUUCGAUUCAGCUUCGGCAGCGCGUCUAGCGAAGCCGCGCCGAUAGAUCUCCAGCAAGUCAAUAGAGCACCAUCGCUCGCCGGUUUUGACUUCGGACUCGAUAGUACCUUCGAGACUGCUCCUUCGAUCAAACAUUGCCCUUCCUUUGACUCCUACAAAAUUCCUACCGAAGCUAUGCCACAGCUUCUCCGCCGCAGCAUCUCACUCGAAUCGUCCGACACUAUGCGUAAAGCGGCGCCGGCUGUAGACAUAUAUGCCGCGCUGCAGAUGCUCCCACGUAGUGCUACGCCUCAAAAGGAACGGAUUGAGGAGUAUGCGGAAGAUUCCGCACCCUCACCGUCCGUUUCCAUGCCUCUUCAGCUAGCGAGCAAAUUUCAAAAACCCAAUCUCAAAAAGAGAUUGAGCCUCAGGAUGUGGGGCUAAACCUUGUACAGCGUCAUAUUUCCUUACGUUUGUGAGCGUUCUUGCGGUCAGCGAUACUUCAAUAUUGUUUCGUUCAAGCGUUUUCGCCUUGCUGCUCGCCUCGGCCUCCAUCUGCUACCGCAAUAUUUUGAUACCCACACACUCGCUCGAGUUUCUUUAUAUCUCUGGUUUUGGUGCUUGGUCUAGAUUGGUGCCAUUUCGAAACAUGGUUGACAUGGAUCGAAGUAACUUGUAAUGUCUCGCUUAAUCGAAGGGUCGUUGGGAUUGAGUAAGGGAAGAAAGCGUUGAGAAUGAGGCAAUCGGAUACUUAAAGGGGUGAGGCUUGACUCAACCGAAAUCUAUAUCACACAUAUAUCAUACCCUCUACUUUCGAU